AUGCCCGCCCGCACACCUGGUGUGUUUGCGCAGGGGCUGUAUCCUGGGUCCCUGCCUGCCAAUUUCCCUGCGUCCCCUCGGGUCCCUGGCUGCACUGUGGCUGUGCACGCGUCUGGGGACUUCCGGGUGUCCCUCUCCGUGCAGCCUCGUCCCUGGACAAGCCCCUCGUGGCCCUCACCUCCCAAUCCCCCCCUCCCCAAGCCCCGUGGGUGCGCAGCCCCCUGCACUCUGCUUCCCCCUCGGUCCGCCCUCCUUGAAAGUCGGUGUGCGCCCGGGUCCCUGCGGGUGCCCGCCCGAGCACUCGUGUGCCCCCGCCACCCCGGGGAGCCGCGUCCCGGCGCCCCGUUAGGCUUCUCCCCUCGCACCCCACCCCCACGCCCACCCCACGGCGUGCGUCCCCUGGGUGCGCCCGGCCCAAAGGCCGCCGGGCGCUCACGGCCACGGCUGAACCCCACCGCCCGGCGCGGUGCGGGGCGGAGGGAGGGGGCGGCGGCGGGGAGCGCGGGCGCGUCACCGAGACAGACAGGCGGGCGGGCGGGCGGCGGCGGCCGCGGGUUCGAGCCGGCGCCGGAGCCCCCCGCGGCCCCCUCCUCCCCAACCCCCCAGCCCGGCCCCCGGAGCCGCGGCCGCCGCCGCCGCAAUGCAAUUUCCCGUGCAGGCGCCUGGGCUCCGGGGGACCUUUCCGGGCGGGUUUUGGAAAGAAGAGGGGGCCCCAGCGGCGGCAGCCCCCAACGAGGGUGGGAUGUGGGCGGUUUCACAGGCUCAUCAACAACACUCCAGGCCCCACAGGCCAAGACCCCAGUCCGAGCCCUUGGCUGUGAGACCCCUGCAUGGGGAACAGGUGCAGCCGCCACAUCCCACCUCCUGGAGCACCUUCUUCCACUUGGGAUCCGGCUCCCUGCUAACUGCGCCUGGGAAAAGCAGCAGAAGAUGGCCCAAGUCCUUGGGUCCAUGUAGCCACGUGGGAGACCCGGAUGAAGCUCCUGACUCCUGCCAUUGAGGUCAUCUGGGGAUGACCAGCAGAUGGAAGACCUCUCCCUCUCUCUCUAACUCUGGCUUUCAGAUCAAUAAAUAAAUCUUUAAAAAAAAAAAAACACUACCCUCUGAUUCCCACUUUGUGUCUUGUCUGGCUCUCCCCUCCCUGUCCCAGCCAGGCCAGGGCGGGAGCCACAGAGAUCCAGAGCACGGCCCCCCACUCCCCAAAGAGCCCAGAGGCAGGA